UCCACUCCCCCCACCCCACUUCGCCUGCCGCGGUCGGGUCCGCGGCCUGCGUUGUAGCCGUCGUCGCGGUCUUUGGAAGCAGAAACUCCCCUUCCCCUCCCCGUCCCCCGGUCCCAGUCCCCGUCCAGUCGCCGACGUGAAGAUGAGCAGCUCAGAGGAGGUGUCCUGGAUUUCCUGGUUCUGUGGGCUCCGUGGCAAUGAAUUUUUCUGUGAGGUGGAUGAAGACUAUAUCCAGGACAAAUUCAAUCUCACUGGACUCAAUGAACAGGUGCCUCACUAUCGACAAGCUUUAGACAUGAUCUUGGACCUGGAGCCUGAUGAGGAGCUGGAAGACAACCCCAACCAGAGUGACCUGAUUGAGCAAGCAGCCGAAAUGCUCUAUGGAUUGAUCCACGCCCGCUAUAUCCUCACCAACCGUGGCAUCGCCCAGAUGUUGGAAAAGUACCAGCAGGGAGACUUUGGAUACUGUCCCCGUGUGUACUGUGAGAACCAGCCAAUGCUUCCCAUCGGCCUUUCAGACAUCCCAGGUGAGGCCAUGGUGAAGCUCUACUGCCCCAAGUGCAUGGACGUGUACACACCCAAGUCAUCGAGGCACCACCACACGGAUGGCGCCUACUUCGGCACCGGUUUCCCUCACAUGCUCUUCAUGGUGCACCCCGAGUACCGGCCCAAGAGGCCCGCCAACCAGUUUGUGCCCAGGCUUUACGGUUUCAAGAUCCAUCCAAUGGCCUACCAGCUGCAGCUCCAAGCCGCCAGCAACUUCAAGAGCCCAGUGAAGACGAUUCGCUGAUUCCCCACCCCACCUGUCCCUCGGUCUUUGACACUUUCAUUCCUUUGCUGCCACAAUUUCAGGAACCCUCUAUGGUUUUUAGUUUAAAUUAAAGGAGUCAUUAUUGUGGUGGGAAUAUGAAAUAAAGUGGAAGAAAAGGC